UCCAGUCUCUGGGACCUUCUUCCAAGCCUCUAACAUGCCUUCUGCAAGUUUUCUACUGGAACUUUCUUAACCACACCAGAAGGUGUCAACAAAAAGUUUUCAGACUUCAUCAUGAAAAGGAGGAAGCCCAAACUGAAAUGAGUUAAGAACUGCGUCUCGGAGAGAGGACUGUGGCUUGGCCCCGAGUUGAGCGCCAUGAAGAAGAACAAUAGAAACUCUACUGCAAGAAUCAAUGAGCAAGAUGCCAUCUCCGUCCCACCUUCCCAAGAUCCAGGAGAUCUUCAAAAUAUGUUGGAUGGAGGAGAGUAUGCCCCUUUUGUAUCUCCUCCCAUAUUAGAGAGCAAUUUUAUCCAGGUUAACAGGAGAGGUGAAUCCAUUUACCUUCAUAACCGAGCCAACUGGGUGACUGUAGGCAUCUGCUCUUCCAGUGAAACCCACAAGACCCCCAAUGUGAUGCUUCUGGCACAUCUGACACCUAAAGCUCAGAAAGAUACAGAACCCUUAUUUCAAAGUCUCCUGACAUCUCCUUCACCAGAGAACCUGGUGCUCACCAGGUUUCUCCCUCUGCAGUUUGUGACUCUUUCUGUGCACGAUGCUGAGAACAUGCGCCUCAAAGUAAAGCUGGUGAGCGGUCGAGCCUACUACCUACAGCUCUGCGCCCCUGCCUGUAGACAGGACACCCUCUUCUGUCGGUGGGUGGAACUUAUCUCCCUCUUGAAUGAAGAGAAAGCCAAAGCUUCCAAACUGUCAGAAGUGUCAAGCCUCUCGGAAAUCACAAAUAGCACUGACAUCACAGGCUCAGCCGACAUCAUGGAUGUUGCAGCGCUCACAGGUCUACAGAGGCCAGCCCUGUGCACAUGUUCCAACCCCGUGCGUGCCGUAGAAAGCACAGAUUUCUCAGAUUUCACAGAUGUCACCGAUGUCACUGACGUCACAGAUAUUCCAGAAAAUGAGGUCACAGAGGCCCCAGAUAUAAAUAUUGAGACGGAAGUCACAGAAGUCACAGAUCUCUGUGACGUCCCAAACUGCUCAGAGGUCACAGUGGUGUUUGAAAAUGAUGACAUACUAAGGGCUAAGCAAGAGGAAAAGGAAAAAAUGGAAAACACUCUGAAGCCUGGCUGUCUACGAGAUACAAAAACUAAGAACGAGCUCAAAGAACCCUCCAAACACGUCACCAUCUCAAAUGUAACGCUGACUUUCCAAGGUGAACGAUGUUUUCAUACUACCUUGACUCAAGAAGAAAGUGAGACAAAUUCAUCCAGAGGGAUGAGUGCCAGAUCCUCUGAAAUAAGGGCAACUGAAUUUAAGAGCACAGAUCUCAAGGGUGAAGAAUCCAGGAUCAUGAGAACUGACUCGGUCACCUCAGGCUUACAUAGUUUUUCCAUUUUCCCUCUGAUCAGCAUUUCCCUCCCUGUUUCCGCACUCCUCUGAAUCACUUUUUCCCCCUUUCAUACUUUACUCACACUUUACACUUCUUACCCCAAGAAGAGCGAAGACUAGUAGAAU